CUGUGAUUUUUGCAUUGUCAUUAUUUGAUUAGAUCUGACUUGUUUUGUGUACAUAGUGGCGAAUGGUGUUCGUAGACAUUUCCUAUCACUGUCUAUUGUGGGUAGUAAUUACAGAUGUUACGAGUACAGGUAGAAAUCAAGUGGAUCGUUAGAACACUCCAAUACCCCUUGCUGUGAAAUGGACUGGGCUACAUUUGUAAACAUUGGUGUGUGGUGGUGUCUUUGAACUUAGUACCUAUCUCCGGAGGUAUUUAUAGGGACGGCGCACGGAGGGGUGACCCACUCGCAUUAUAAAUGACAAUGGACACAGGGUAACAUACCUGUAUGUUUAUUACCUGUGCUUACAUAUAUGUACAGUUUACAUUCAGCGACUGAUUAUUUAGUAUGAAGCGUUUAGCAGGACUCGUCUUACUGGUGUUGGGGUUAGGGAUAUAUUUUAACCAGCAGAGUGUGCUAUGUACAACUGUGUUGUCCAAACCGCUGUACGCGGCUGUGUUUUACGCCGUGUUGGGACUGACCGCUGUGUAUCUUCUGACCAGUCGAAGCCCGAAACUUUGUGUUUGUCCGACUGGUAAAGCAGUAAUAAUCACAGGAUGUGACAGCGGCUUUGGAAACAGUUUGGCCAGGCGCCUGGACAAGCUCGGGUUUAAGGUGUUCGCCGGAUGUUUGGCGCCGGACCGCAAGGGCGCUACGCAGCUGGAGGAAGAUUCAGGGGGAAGGAUCCAGGUUGUGGAGCUUAACGUCACAGAUGAUCAGCACGUGAGAUGCGCUGUUAGAUUCGUCAAACAAAAUCUCGGCGACCAUACGCUAUGGGCGUGUGUAAACAAUGCAGGCAUCGCCGUGUUCCAGGAGAUCGAGUGGUGUUCCGUCAUUCAGUUUCAGCAGAUCAUGGACGUGAACGUGAUUGGCGUUGUCAGGGUAACAAAAGCCUUCCUUCCGCUGAUCAGAGCGUCAAAAGGCAGAGUUGUUAACGUCGCAAGCCUUGCAGGUCGUUUUACUGUGCCGUCAUUUGCUGCCUACUCAAUGUCAAAGAAGGCGUGCAUAGCGUUCUCUGACGGACUCCGACAAGAGAUGAACAAGUUUGACAUCAAGGUGAUCACAGUGGAGCCAGGCCUGUACAAGACACCAAUAGCCGCCACAGAUUACCUGAUCGACACCAACCGGAAGUCGUGGGCAGAAACGCCGACAGAGGUGAAAGAUGUGUACGGCGAAGAGUAUUUCGACGCCUUCCUCAAGAACAUUGAGGGCCAGAUGAAACGCGCACGCAGUAACGUGGAGGAGGUGGUGGAUCAGAUGGUGGAGGCUGUCACCACGAAGGAACCGCACGUCCGAUACGUACCUAACUUCAUGUCUAACGUCCGAGCGUCCAUACUCAUGUAUCUACCUACAUCCAUAACCGACAGGUUCUUUGAAUCUAUCUACAAAAUUAAGGUCGAUGUUAAGAAAGCUACUUAAUCGUUGCUGAUAUGAGUUAUGACUUGAGACAAAUAGUUCUGAAUGACCACGUUGGUAUGAUGUUUGUCAGGUUUAUAAUCCGGACAAUGAGAAAUAUCCAAUCAACCUUGCGGGUUUAAAUACAUGGAUAUACUUGACAAUGUAAGCCCUUGCUGUAAAGGUUAUUGUCGUACCAUUCCUUGUAAAGAUUGGCGAAAGAUAAAAGAGUGGUAGAUCCAACGGGACCCAUGGAAGCAUUAUGGUAAUGAGGGGAAAGACGGACUCGUCUUACUUUGGUUUGUGUAAUUAUAUAUGUAUUGUAUCAUGUGGUUCUCCUUACAGUGAAAUACAGAAAAACCUGGUAAAUAUCAACUCCGCUUAUCCGGAUAAUUUCCUGAUCCGGACAAACCGACAAGUCAGGAAAAUGAUUUUCUAUUUUAUUUUAUAGUACGUACAUGUGUAGGAAAGUUUAAAAUGAAACUGGUGAUGUAUACGGUGCCACACAUAUCGCCUGUUGUCUAUACCGUCACCGAUAGACAUGUAUACACGCUAUGAUUAAAUACAUGUAUAUAUUAUAAAUAUACUUCGGCAGCAAUAAAACGCAGUAAGUGUAUUCGUGUCCUUGUGCUCUGUGUUUUAAUGUUCAAAAUAUAAAUUGUGAGAAAGUGCACUAUGCAACCAUCAAAAACGAACAAAAACCGGAUUGGCGUAACCAUCAAGUUCAAGAAAGUUUCUGUUUUAUAUAUUUAAAUAUAUGUCACGUCACGUAUGGAACAAAUUAUAAUCGUUUAUAAUCUUAGAAUUGAAAAUAAAUAUCAAAACGA